GUGAAAAGUUUACCCCAGUCAUACGGUUGCGAUUAAAACUGUAAAAUUACGACAAAUUUUACAGUUUUAUUCGCAACCGUAGGCACCACAAUGUACCGGCAACCUUGUUCUUUCUGAUUUCUCACCGUCCGCACACAUGGAACGCGUUAACGACUUUGCCCCUCCUAGCCUAGCUUCACCCAAGGCACGCAGCUCAAUAGAAAGUGUGUCGCAUCUACCUACGCUCAUCUAUGAGCGAGCGGGCCCAACUUGUACUAAAAUAAACGCCGAGGUUAGCAACAGGUUGCUUGUUCACCAGCGCGAUCGUGUAAACAUGUGUAAAGUCAACAUGUUGAGGGAAUUGAUGAAGGAGCGACUAAACGUGGCCACCGAAGAGAUCUUUGAGCUAUUUGAGAAAACUAUUGCAGACUACGAGGAGAAACUUCGUCGAAGCAAAGAGGAGAACGAGCGACGGCAACGCGAACUAGUGAAUGCCCUCGUCGAGCUUCGUAGUCUACUGCACAAAGAAGAUAUGCAGCGGGAGCGUCAAGGAGAGGUUCCCUCUGAGCCGCAGGAAGACCCAGCAGCGCCCCUUCUCAUUAAAGAGGAAGAGGAAGAGGACGACAACUUUCCAGAGCUAGUGGAGCACAAUCAAAGUGAGGAGAACGGCGGCUCAGGUCAACAUGUGAAAAUGGAAACGGAAGGAGAACACUGUAAAGACCUCCAAUCUGAACCAGACAGCCUCUUUGCUCCGCUCUCGGAUAUGGACGACAUCAUGUCAGACUCCUCUGAGACUUAUCACAGCGAUGAAGUGGAAGAACCUGUGGAGACGAAUAAGGACUGUGAAGGUGACACGGCGCAUCGUGAUGACGAAGAACCUGUGGAGACGGAGAGGAACUGUGAAUUGAACUGCUCUCAAUGUGAGAAGGUAUUUCAAAGCAAAAGCAGUUUGAAAACUCCUACGGUAGCACACACGGGAGACAAACCUUUUACUUGGUCGAAUAAAAGGUACACCUUGAGGCAUUUUAGAAAAUGUACAGGGGGGAAAGCUCUGACAACAGAAGCCGGUGAAGGCUCACGAGAAGACAAGCCCAAAGAACAUUUGGAGACCACUAAGAACGCUGAAGGUGUUGUGACACGGGACAGUGCCAACAAUGAAUUGAACUGCUCUCUCUGUGAGAAAAUGUUUUACAGCAAAAGAGGUUUGAAACAACACAUGUCAACGCACACGCCCAACAAACCUUUUCCUUGCUUAGUUUGUGAUAAAAGAUUCUCCUGGAAGCAUCACGUGAAGAGACACAUGGCAAUACAUACACGGGAGAAAGCUUUGACCACCGAAGCUGAUGGAGCAUCAAAAGCUCCUCCGCUGUCAGAUACCAAGCGCACCACAAAACCUUCACGGACCACAAAGGACUCGGAUGCCGACAACCAUCGAUGCUCUCUUUGUCACAAAAACUUUGUCUCCAGUUCAAGUUUGACUUCACACAUGGUAGCACACAGGGGAGAGAAGCCUUUCGCAUGUUCGAUUUGCGAUAGAAGAUUCUCCUUGAAGCAAAAUAUGCUGAGACACGAGAAAAUACACGCGACACAGAAACCUCUUCCCGAAUCAGCUGCUAGGAAAGGUUUCCGGAAUAUGGCGCAACUGUUCUCACUCGCAAAAACAAACAGAAACAGAAAGAAGGCUUUGAAAUCCAGCAGCUCCAGUCAAAGCGUGACAACCAAAGCUGGCGGAGAACACGCUGACUCGGAACCGGACACGGACAACGUGACGCUGAACUCUUCCGACACGGAUCACAGCGAGGACAUUGACGAAUCGUUCAAGACGAAAAAGAAGCCGAAAGGUGACACGACACAUCGCAAUGAUAAGAAAUACAUAAGCUGCUGUCAAUGUGAGAAAAAGUUUGCCACCGAGGACGGUUUAAGAAGACACAAGAAAAUACACACGGGACAGAAAUCUUUUGCUUGCGCGGUUUGCGAUCAAAGAUUCAACGUGAAGGCAAAUAUGCUGAGACAUGAGAAACUACACAAGAGACCAAAGACAUUUACGUGCUCGCUUUGUCGGAGAAGCUUCAGGCAUAGAGGGCGACUGAUAGCUCACAUAAGAGCACACGUCGAUGAGAAGGCUUCCAGUAGCUCAGCAAAAGCUGACGGAGAACACGGCGAUCAACCAGACGUGGACGACGUGACGAUGGACUCUUCUGACACGGAUCACGGCGCCGGCCCCGGAGACCCUCUGAAGACGAAAAAGAAGUCGAAAGACAUGCCGCAGGUGUCGGUGGCGAGUGAGGAAGCGUCCCCCCACAUUAACGGAGCGCGGCACAGCAGUCGCGAUGCGGACACAUUUGGUACGAGGGGAAGAGUGGAGGAGGCGCCACAAUCCGAUAAGGACCACCACUCAGAUUUCGAAAAAGAAAGAUCUGUCGCUUCCACGUCUGGAGGUAAAAGUUUACUCAAGGAAAGAAAGAAGAUAGACAUGAAAGCACGCCGACAUACCGGCAACCAAAUGAAAGUCUUUUUGAACACAAAUAAGAACUCUGACGACAAACAGUGCACUGUAUGCAAGAAAACGUUUGCGACGAGGCCUGUUUUGAAGAGACACAUGACGCAACACACCGGAGAGAAAGCUUUUGCGUGCUCGCGCUGUGACAAAAGAUUCAGUUUAAAGGAAUAUUUGAACAGGCACAUGAUGACACACACUGGCUAUAAAAAACCUUUUACAUGCUCGCUUUGUAAUGUUGGAUUCUUUUUAGAGAGCCAUUUAAAAACACACAUGGAGUCGCACCCUGACAAGAAACAUCUAACAUGUCCAGUUUGUGCUAAAACGUUUGCAAAAAGAUCGUACAUCCCAAAGCACAUGCGAUUACACACCGGGGAGAAACCGUUCCAGUGCAACGUGUGUCAUAAAAGAUUCCAUUUUAAGAACAGGAUUCUACAACACAAAUGUACUGGGAAUGGGGGAAAUAAAAAUGCAGUAAAUAAAGAUGCAGAACGGCUGUCAAACUGAGUUAACGGAACAAGCGUUUAUGUAUAUAUGUACUGGUGCAUCCCGAUAAAUUAGAAUACGGUAGAAAAGUCCAUUUAUUUCAGUACUCGUAUAGAUUUAUUAAAAACUUCGGAAAAUACUUUGCAGAGGGAAAAGUCCUGCCUAGUUUCUACAUUAAAAAUAAUGUCAUUGUUUCUAUUUUAUUUGUAUUUUUUUGUUACAUAAUCAAGUUUUUAGAGAUGGUGAACUUGGGUUUUUUGUUUGCUUUAAGCUAUAAUCAUCAAAAUUAUGGAUAUUAAACAAAUCUUGAAAUAUUUCACUGCGUGGUAUGCAUCUAAGUUUCACUUUUUGAAAUGAACUACCGUAAUUUCUCGUGUAUAAUGCACAUUCCCCCCCACCCCUAAGAAAAUAGUGCGCAUUAUACAUCGGUAUAGGGGAAAAUGAAAAAAAAACUUUCACAUUUUAUAAAUGUAUGCCGCCAUCUAGAGGUUAUGAAAAAGCUGUACACUUUCAUUCCAAUGUCACCGCCACCUAGAGGUUACGAGAAAGGUGUAGCCUACACUAGUCAUUCCAAUAUGACAGGGGUACGUCAGGGGGACUGCAUAUACUGUAUGUACAGUUGUGCUCAGACGUUUACAGGCCUCUGAGGCAAGCCAUAACUACAACGUGGCCUUUGACAAAAAUGAGUUGGACACCCCUGGUCAUAGCGCAUAUCCAGUAUUAAGGAUCAUUUGAACUUAUGGUAACCUGAAGUUAUCCAGCUGUUAUCCCUGAGCCCGCCUUCUUUUGUCGGCUUCAAUUGUUAAUGAGCAGAGCAUGGCUCAAAAUGGAGGCGCACAUGUUUCAGUAUUUUCAUCUUUUUAUUGUUGUUUCAUUUAUGGUCUUUCAUAAUGACAAAUUCAAUCAUAUGUUAGUCUUUUUAAACGCGUAUGUAUGAUCCUCCACAUUAGUGUGCUCAACCUCUGAACCAUCAUACUCCUCUUGCACGUUUAAUGAAACCCACGACCUCCGAACUGUGAGCCAGAUGCGCUAACCAGUUUGUUACCGUGCCAGGCGAGCAACGGCGGCACGGGCAAGUCACACUGAGACAAGUUAUAAAACUCACCUCAUUCAUUCCAAUAUCAAUGUUUAAAGUGACAGAUACUGUACAUGAUACUGUUUUUAUGAACCUUUUAUUCACCAUGUGCUAUGUUGUAAUAUGUACAGUAAAUAUGUAACUAUCCCAUUUGACUGUUUCUUGAAUAUGUAUUCGGUUUUUAUUUUACUCUGCUGUCUGCAGCCAUGUUGGCAUUGCAAAUAAGAAUCUGUUCUCAAGUUCCUUACCCGGGUAAAUGAAGGUUAAAUAAACAUUCAGAAAUAAAAUACAA